AUCGGAUAAUCUCAUUAUGCACCGGAUAGCCUCGCCUGUUCAAAUGGUGGCAAGACCUCUUCGCAAUGUCUGCAUGCAUUGCAUACAUGGGGGACGCCAUCCCCCUGCAAGCGGAAGGUAUCAUCGCAAUUACUCUCUCCCCCAGCAACCCCUCAUUAUACCCGACGGGUCCAGUAUUUAGAGCUAAACCACUAUUCCCCGACCUCCAUUGGGGUACGGACGAACCUCCACCUAUAAUUAACUCUCCUUCCCCGCGGGGCGACCGAGUUCCAUUGUAACCCCCCCUGCACACUUUGCUUUUCCAUUUCCCUUUUCUUACAAUGUUGACAAAGACUACGCUUUUAGCGUUGAUCAGCUGUGCCGCAGCCGCCGCUUCAGCUUCAGCUCCUAGUGCGCAGACGGCCCUCACUGGUAAUGACUCCAAGAAGGACGGUGUACCUCAGGUCUGGCCACCGCCCCAACAGAUCUCGCGCAAUGGUUGCGGCAUCAAGCUCGACGGCGAUGUCACCAUUGUGACGGGCAGCGCCAAUGACACUGCUACGGUUGAAGUGAUCAAGAGCAUUGUUCAGGCCGCCGGUGGGCGCGCCACCGUCGCCGCAAAGUCCACUGGCGCCGGCGUCCAGAUCUUGCUGGGCACCGAUGCCGAGAACGCAGACGCCGCCGCCGCCGCAAAGGCGCUGGGUGGUGGCUCGGCCGCCAACCUAAAGGCAGAAGGCUAUGUGCUCGCCACGGGCAAGUACUCUGGCCAGCAGAGCGUCGUGCUCAACGGCGUCGAUGUCCGCGGCACCUUUUACGCUGCGCAGACUCUUCGCCAGCUGAGUGACGGCAAAAAGGGCGUCCCCGGCGUCCAAGUGCGCGACUGGCCCCUCAUGCCCAUUCGCGGCUCCAUCGAGGGGUUUUACGGUAUCCCUUGGUCCCACCAGGCCCGUCUUGACCAGUACGUGCUCUACGGCAAACAUAAGCUUAAUACCUACGUCUACACCCCAAAGGGCGACAACCUACUCCGCGCUACUUGGCGCCAGCUCUACAGCGGGGACGACCUCAAACAGCUCCAGGAGCUCGUUGACACGGCCAAUGCCAACCACGUGGACUUUACCUUUGCGCUUUCGCCCGGCUUAGACCUGUGCUACUCGUCCGAUGCCGAUUUUAAUGCUACUGUCAAGAAGUUUGACCAAGUUCGUGGGCUUGGCGUCCGCAGCUUCUACAUUGCCCUGGACGAUAUCCCUCUGCAGUUCCACUGCGAUGCCGACAAGAAGCGCUGGCCCAACAAGGGCGAUUACCACUGGCUCGCCGAUUCCCAGGCCUACUAUCUCAACCGUAUCCAGAAGGAGUAUGUUGAGAAGUACGGCUUGAUUGACCUCGAGACGGUGCCCACAAACUAUGCCGGCAGUGCUCCCGACCCUUACAAGGGCGAGUUUGGCAAGCAGCUCAACAAGAAGAUUCGCGUCCAGUGGACAGGUGAGGGCGUCUUUUCCGAUGCCGUCACUUCUGAGAGUGUUGUCCGCGCCGACUCUACCUAUGUCACUGACAAGCUCUUCAUCUGGGACAACUUCCCCGUCAACGACAACAAGCCCUUCCGUCUGUUCCUCAACCCUCUUACCAAGCGUGCCCUGGAUCUGUACAAGCACUUGAUUGGCUUCACCGCCAACCCCAUGGUCCAGUCGUAUGCCUCUAUGCCUUCUCUGAUCAACUAUGCCGAUUACACCUGGAACGGCCCUGCCUAUAAUCCCGAUGCCUCCAUGGCCGCUGGUCUGCAGGAGCUUGCUGGCCCAGAUGACAAGGCGCACACUGCCUUACUCGCCUUUUCCGAUAUCAACCAGAACUGGCCCUACCGCAACGACACUGUCAACGCACCAGAGCUUAGCAAGGCCAUUGAUGCCUUUUGGGAGGCGCGCAAGUCAGGCGACAAGAAUGGCCGCCAAGCGCUUGUGGAGCGCCUCGCUCUCAUCAACACGCUGCCCGAUGUCCUGCCUACUAUGGCGAUGAAGGCCUUUGGCGCCGAAGUGGCACCAUGGUCCACACUCGCCAUGCAGUGGGCCACCGCAUCGCAGCAUGCCAUUGCCAUGAUCGACGCCGUGGAUGCUGGCGACAAAGCCAAGGCGGACCAAGAACACAACCACGUGCUCGAAUGGGUGGAAAAGACCAAGGCCAAGACGGUUUCUAGCCUGAGCGAGGACGGCACCAAGAUCGUUCCCAACUCUAUUACUCCUACUACGGGAGAUGCCGUCUUUGAUAAAUUUGUCGCCGAUGGCAAUGCCAUUUACAAGGCUGCUUAAGUGAUCUGCUCAGGAACCAUGCUCCGUACCCCCUUUUGUAUUAUAUCCAGAGUAAAGCUGAGCAUUUGAGUCAGUACGGUGUAUUGUAGAACGGGACAUUUACUGUAUCACGGCAAACAGAAAGAAAAAUAAGAAUUCUGGCCACUAGUCAUGUGAAUACAUACCUGCAAAUAUACUUUCAUCCGAAAUCGCAGUGCUAUAUUCUUUGUGGCUUCGGCGACUAAUGCAAGGUUUGCCUGAUACAGCAGCCCUACACUCUUGGAAAAAGAAAAAGAAAAAAAAACAGGAGCACGUCCCCUCUGUAAUCUGACUCUACCCCAUUGGCUCCUUGCACCGCAAUUAGGCAAUUCCGUCAUGUGUCGGUGAAUGGAUCCCGUAUAGUGUGAUCCGCUAAUCUUGUGGGGUAUGUCGAUUACCCGCUUGCUGUCGGCCUACUUUGGGCAAUGAUGCUAGUGACUAAGAUGCUACAAUGGCUAAAUGGUAGCGGGCUUGCAGAUGAACGCACGGUGGUCGCCCACUGUGGCUGGGAAUAUGUUGCC